AGACUAAAUAAAACUUGAACAUGGUGUUGGUCUGAAAUUUCCAACAAUGUGUCUCGUGCUAAACAAUUUAUCAGAUGGAUUCAACUAGGGGACCCUGAAGUAUUCAAGACAAGCACUGUGAAUGUAAGCAUCCAAACACGCUGAUAUGGUUGUUGGACACUUGGACUUGAUUUCUUAAGUUGCAUUAACUUGCUGCCAGCUGCCAGCUGCCAAGUACGCAAGGUGUUUGUUAGAUUGUCCCUGAUUCGAUUAUCCACAACUAGUCAUUUUAUGAGGUAUAUCCAAUCUUAAAAUAAAUUUUCUUACAACCAAAUGCCAAUAUACUCCCUCUGUUUCAUGUUACAUGUCCACUAUUGAGAACAAAAAAUUGUUUUAAAUUAUUUGUCUAUUUCAACUUUCAAUGGAGUGUAGUCAAUAUUUAUAUUUCCAAGAUGAGUUUUAUACCACACCUUACUAAAUUAUAUUUCCUAGAUCAAAUAUAUGCCACAUAUUAUACUUGGUCAAUGCAAUAAAUAUAAUAAUAAAUGAAAGAUUUCUACAAAAGUUAGUUUUUCUUUAUAUGCGUAAUUUGUUCAAAAGUGGACAUGUAUAAUGAAACGGAAGGAGUACAUCUCUAAAGAAUGUGUCUGUGAAGAUGUUUGUUAAAAUUAUUUAUCUGUUUACGAAAUUUAACUUAUUGAUGUUAAAAUUUUGAUAUAAUCUUUAGAAAUCAGUUUACAGAAAUGCUUCCUCCACGAGAUACCUAAAAUUUGUUCAGUCUCUUUCUCUCUCUCUCACUCGAGCCACAUACAAAAAGGUGUCUUCUCAUAAUGUCUGUGCUAGCCUCACAAUAACCACAUCCUACUUUCAUGUGUAACUCUGCAUCGCCUACCAUCAUUCAUUCUUAUGUCAGUUUGGUUCAACAUUUUAUUCAUCAUCAAGUCGAUCAACAUUUAGUACUACUUCACUUCAUUCAUCAUCAAGUUACCUGUCCUUAUCAAUCAUAAAAUAACUACAUAUAUAUGUUUGGAUGCCGGAUCUUACAGACCUAUCAUUUUGGUAGUUGAGUUGAUCAAAUAGCAUCUCUCAACCUCCAGUCCCCAAUAUCUGCAUCUUCAGCUCUCAGACCACAGUUCCACCAGGAUUCAUGGAUACAAUGUUGAUCAGUGUAGCCAUGUGCAUCCUGCUAGCCUUUACUCUCCGCUUCUUUCGGAGAUUUAUAAGCAAAGUUCCUCAAAAACUUCCACCAGGACCCUACCCCUGGCCCAUCAUCGGAAAUAUACACAAACUAGGCAAGCACCCUCAUAAGUCCUUAAGCAAUCUUGCUCAAGUUUACGGUCCCAUCAUGCGUCUGAAAUUAGGCCUUGUAACCACCAUAGUCAUUUCUUCAUCAAGCGCAGCUCAACAAGUCCUCCAAAAACAAGAUAUCGCCUUCUCUAAUCGUCCUGUUCCUGAUGCUACACGCGGUUGUGACCAUCACAAGUACUCAGUAGUAUUCUUGUCUGUUGGUAGUCGGUGGAGAAGUUUAAGAAAAAUUACGACCUCAUCUAUACUUGCAGCUAACAAGCUCGAUGCAACUAAGCAUAUACGAAGUAGGAAGGUGCAUGAGCUUAUUGGAUACUGUAAGCAGUGUAGCCAGAGUGGUGAGGCUGUAGAUAUUGGUCGUGCUGCAUUUCUAACUUCGCUUAAUCUUUUGUCCAACACUAUAUUUUCAAAGGAUAUGAUAGAUAUGUAUCAGAAUUCAGAGGAGGGUAAAAACUUCAGGGAGUUGGUCUGGAACUUGAUGGUUUUGGCGGGUAAGCCUAAUUUGGUAGAUUACUUUCCUAUUCUUAAGUGGAUCGAUCCACAAGGCAUAAAGCGGCAAACUACUGAUUAUUGUGGGAAGCUACUCAAGUUGUUUGAUAGUUUGAUAAAUGAGCGCUUGGAGUUGAAGAGACUGGGAAAUUCCAGUGAGAAUAGUACAACAGACAUGCUUGAUGAACUGUUAUCAAUGUUACAAACAAAUGAGAUCGACAAAACUCAAAUCCAACACCUGUUUGUGGACUUAUUUGUUGCAGGAACAGAUACGACUUCAAGUACAGUGGAAUGGGCAAUGACUGAGAUAUUAAGAAACUCAGAAACAAUAUUAGUUAAGGCGAAAGCUGAGCUGAACCAAGUGGUCGGGAAAGGAAAGGUUAUAGAAGAAGCCGACAUAUCUAGGUUGCCUUAUUUACAAUGUAUUGUGAAAGAGACUGCAAGAUUACACCCACCGGCUCCUUUCUUAAUACCUCGCCAAGUACAAGAAGAAGUUCAACUCUGUGGCUACACUGUUCCAAAAAAUUCACAAGUCCUAAUCAAUGCAUGGAGUAUCGGACGUGAUCCCCUGAUAUGGAAAAAUUCCCUGUCAUUUGAACCGGAGAGGUUCCUGAACUCUGAAGUUGACGUGAAUGGCCAUAAUUACAAGCUAAUUCCAUUUGGUGCAGGUCGAAGGAAAUGUCCAGGAUUGCCAUUGGCCAUGAGGAUGGUGCCAGUGAUGUUGGGCUCCCUCAUUAAUUGUUUCGACUGGAAACUCGAAGGUGGAAUUGCAGCAGAGGAAGUGGACAUGGAGGAGAAGUUUGGGAUCACUCUAGCAAAGCUUCAUCCGCUUCGUGCUGUGCCAACUCUAGUUGUACCAGCUGGUUAAUUAUUGACAUAUUGGAUAAAUUCAUGUGGUCCUUUACUUUGUGGACGAGAUUCACGAGAAUAAGGUAAAUAACUUGUAAGAGCAACUCUGAUGAGAAAACCGAGAGCCUCAUAACUCAUAAGACGUAGCUUCUUUUAUGCAUGUAUUUGGACUACAUCCCUGCUCUAAUACAUAAUAUACAGAAAUUGUGAUUUGGUGGGGUU